AUGGAGCUGAACAUCCGAUAUCUUCCACGAUCCAUUGGGGUUUGGGAUCUUACCCGCACAUUAGCCAAGGAGAUCUUGCACAAUGAUGACUUUCAUCCGCGAAGCGAUCCGAAUGAGCGACGCAUCAAUUUCAAGGUCGAGAUUAAUCCUAGCAAAGCAGGUGGGCUGAGGAAUGACGGUACUGGGGUUCUGGUGCUACCUCAUGCACAUAUCGGACACAAGUUUCUAGACUGGGUGAAUGAGAAGCCCUUGAAGAUCGAAGGGAGGAAAAUUAAAUUCUAUCUCGAAAACCGAAAACCACGACAUCGGCUCUGCUUGACAUUGCAGAGGACACCAUAUGUUGAUCCCGAUAAGGAGGAGGCCCAUGCGAGGAAAGUGUUCGAUCUCGAUACCGCACUUCGCGUUGAUACAGUGGAAUUCGGGGUCUUCUUUUCCGCUGUUUCUGCAACAGGGGCGAAGCGGAACUCUCGAGAGUUCUCCAUAGAAUGGAAGCAGGAUUAUGUCAAAGACAGUGCCGCUUGGUUGAGAUUUGAAUACGACCACAAGCUCAUUCGAAUCACGCUAGGAAAUUCGAUGACUGAGCGUAUAGGUUAUUCCAUCGCAAUACCUUUCGCCAGCAUAACGAAGGUUGGGUAUGGCCACGACCCUGCCACAUAUAUCUGUCUGGACACCUUGACACCUCCUCUAUUCGAAAAGGAAGAUUUACAUCGAACUUUCGUCGGUGAUGAUCGUUUGGACAGGAUGAAGUUCAAACAUCGCGUUGGCAGCCUCAACCCAGGUCAUGAACGAAUAGCUCCAUACUGUCAUAAACUGAGAGUCACGCUUUGCGAUAACGAUCCACGAAACGAUAUAGCAGGCGCGUUCAGAAGAUUGUGCAAGACCGCGGAGCUUGCGGAUAGUUUGAUUCGCUACUGUGCUCCCCCAUUCAACGUAGAGGCCGCGAGCCAUUCACUUUUCUCAGACAAACGUCUUCAUCUACUUCGCGGAAAUUUCAAGGAGUUCGACUGGCCUGUCGUGUUCCAGUUGGAAUCUCUCAUUCACAAUUGCCGGCUCCAUCCGGGCGAGAUAGAUGUUUUGCUCCCUCGAAUACGAAAGCUUCAUGAAGAGCAUGUCCAGGAUACCGAGGAUACCCAAUAUCUAUCCAGGUUUCUGAGGGCGUACAACAUGGCCCUUUCCGAUCCCUGUGAUAAAGGGAAUUUCAUCCAAUGCUUCGAAAAGGUUCGGAGGGAUUUCAAACCAAACCACUUCGGUCUCCCUCGUGGCAACUUUAACUGUCGUCAUGUCACCUUUACACCGACACGUUUGAUCUUGGAAGGUCCAUAUCCUACUCAAUCCAAUCGUAUCAUUCGCUUGUACGAGGGUUACGAGGACAACUUCAUCCGCGUCGAUUUCCGUGAUGAAGACAGGCUUCAAUAUCGAUGGGAUCGCGAAGUCGAUGGGAGGUCUUUCCUCCAGGAUCGCGUUGGCGGGACUCUGAAGAAUGGGUUCGAGUUGGGAGGUCGCUACUUCCAGUUUCUUGCGUAUUCAAAUUCCGCUCUUCGUGAGCAUGCGGUCUGGUUCAUGUCAUCUUUUGAACAUCCCGACGAUGGCUGGGUGACGCCAGACAAGAUCCGGGACUCGAUUGGAGAUUUUAAGAACCUCAAAGAGGAAGACUACUCCGAGGAGGACAUACGGUUUGGAUUUCUUGAAAAGGACAAGAAGUUGCUCAAGCAGCCUUCAAAAUAUGCAGCGAGAAUAGCUCAAGCGUUCACUGCAACCGAUCCCUCCGUAAAAAUCCAACGAGACGAAUGGGAGAUCGUAGACGACCUCGGGGACGAGCCAUACCUCUUCACAGAUGGCGUCGGAACCAUAGCGGAAUCAUUGGCCGACGAAAUCUGGGCUGCUCUCUGCAAAGCUCGAGGCAAUGAUCCCACACGUAUUGGUAGACCCUCAGCAUAUCAAAUUCGGUUUCUGGGCUUCAAAGGCAUGGUCGUGGUGGACAAGCAAUUGGACAAGAUGGACGGCAAAAUUCGUAUGCGCCUCCGACCGAGUAUGAGGAAGUUUGGCAAGCGAGCCUUUGGAACUGGUCGUAAAGCGCCAGCACAGCAGCAGAUACAACACGACGAAGAACACUGGCACCAGCACUCUGAACUUGAAUCAGCCGAUAUAGAGAUUGCCCGUUCGUUUGAGAGGCCCAACUCUAGUUACCUCAAUAGGCCACUCGUCACCAUUUUGGAGGGCCGAGGCGUAAAGAAGGAAGCAUUCCUCGAUCUUCUUGACGAUGCGGUUGCCGAUGUUCACAGUGUCGAUGAGUCCCUUCAGACGUUCUACAGUUUCUUGCGGGACCAUAGCCUUGGGAAUACAUAUAAUCUGUCCUGGAUCCUGGCGCAGUUGGAAAAGAUGGACGGGUUUAUUGGCGACUUGCCAGAUGGACCUGCUAGUAACCAGCAUGUCAAUAUCGAUAAUCCAUUCUUGCAACAACUUCGUGAAGUUGCACGUAUGGAUGUGCUCCGUGAAAUCAAACAUAGGGCGAGGAUUCCAGUCCCUAAGAGUCACCUCCUAGUCGGGGUAGCGGAUGAGGGUCCAGCAUAUGUGAAGUCUGGGUACCACGACGUCUACUGUCUCCCAGAGGGGCACAUUUACGCAUGUGUUCAAAAACCUGGCGAUGAAGAACCGACUUAUGUGGAAGGGGCGUGCACGAUAUCCCGUAGUCCCGUAGCUCAUCCUGGUGAUGUGCAAAGGGUCCAUGCUAUUGGCAAACCACCACCAGGCAUGCUAUGUUUCUUCGAAGGUUUAAAGAAUGUUGUGGUUCUGCCUAGUGUUGGAAAACGUUCUCUGGCAUCGUGCUUGGGAGGAGGUGACUUGGAUGGUGAUUUAUACGAUGUAAUCACACAUUCAGAGCUGUUACCCACGCAAAACGAGAAACCCGCUUCUUAUGAUGAGGUUAAAACACUCACCCUUGACCGAGAUAGCAACAUCGAAGACGUCUGCGACUUCGUGGUUGAGUACAUAUACUCAGAUCUUCUGGGGUUACUUUCGGAUCGUUUGCUAGUUAUUGCAGACCAGGCCAAGGUAUACUUUUAUCACCCCAACGGGACAAAAAGUGACCCUCGUUUUUUGUAA